AGUGAGUCAAAAAUUGUUGAAGCUGAAGUGGAUGUUGAUGCUGAAAUGGUUGCUGUUGCUGUUGCUGCUGCUGGUGCUGCUGUUGUUGUUGUUGUUGCUGGGUUAUAUAUACGUUAUCAUUCGCUGUACAAGUGAACUGCGCAACAUGACUCAUAGGGGCAGCAUGGCUCAUGUUGGCUGCGGAUUUAUUCAAGAACGUAUUAGGUGUCAUGCUAAUGAAAUGAUAAUUUUUGACUACGCCUUGUUAACCAGAGUUUUUUCUUUUACAGGAAAAAAAAAAAAGGACUUGUUGUAAUAUAAAUAAGUUUGUUGUUGUUGUUGUUGUCGUUGUAAUCGAACUUUUUUUGUAGAAAUAUAUCUUUAGAGUUGUUUGAAAGCAGCUUUCGUUUCUUC